UGUAAUUCACUUCAUACAAAAAAAAAAGUUAAGGACAGAAAAUGGAAUUAAAAUAACAUUGCUACUAAUCUUCUAAAGGACAAUCUUACCAUGGAGACACUGAAUUUCUAUUACCUCCUCAUGUUCUAUUUGACUUACCUGAACCCAGUCUGCUCAGAACUGACUGAUGCCUGCGAGCUUUGUGACUGCAAGAGGACAAGACUUUUGUGUCCGGCUCAAGCAGCAGCGUACAGACCACAGGGCUUACAACUAUCAUUAUCCCAUUUCGCCUUUAAAGUUAUACCAUCUGAAGUAUUUCAGAAUUUUCACCAAGACGUCUUAAGCAUAGCAAUAUCCCAAAGUGAUUCACUGGAGGAGAUUCAGAACCAUGCAUUUGCCAAGCUUCUCAACCUCACAGAAUUAACAAUCAGAAACACGAAAAACCUGGUCCAUAUUGGGAGCGGAGCCUUUGGAGACUUACCAAAAUUAAAAUACUUGAGUAUUUGUAACACAGGAAUUCGAGCAUUUCCAGAUGUCACGAAAAUCUUCUCGAUAGAAUUAAACUUCAUUUUGGAAAUCUAUGACAAUUUGCAUAUAACUGUGUUACCUGCCAAUGCUUUUCAAGAAAUGAACAAUGAAUCUUUGAUACUGAAACUUUUCAGAAAUGGAUUUGAAGAAAUACAGAAUUAUGCAUUCAAUGGUACUAAGCUGGAUCAAUUGUUUCUUAAUGACAACAAAAAUCUACAGCGUUUCCAUAAUGAUGCCUUAAAGGGAGCUACUGGACCAAAUCGCUUAGACAUAACAUCAACAGCAUUAGAGCAUCUCCCCGUCCAUGGACUGGAAUACAUCCAGGUCUUAGUGGCAGAAAAAUCCUAUUAUCUGAAGAAAUUACCAGCACUGGACAAACUGGCCAACCUGGUGGAGGCCCAGCUGACCUAUCCCAGUCACUGCUGUGCGUUUGCUGACAUGAGACUAAAGGAGCUUAGCUCGCCCUUUGCAUAUUUUGGAAAUUUAACAAACCAAUGUGAUAGUUUGAGAAGAAAGCAAACAAAUGACAAAACUGUAGAUCUGGCAAUGGACUAUGAAUUUUUAUGUCAACCGAGGACCCUCAGAUGCAAACCAGAGCCAGACGCUUUUAACCCUUGUGAGGACAUCAUGGGCUACGACUUCCUUCGGAUCCUGAUCUGGUUUAUUAGCAUACUUGCUAUUGCGGGAAACGCUGUGGUUCUUUUCGUCCUGCUGACCAGUCAUUACAAGCUCACCGUUCCUCGCUUCCUAAUGUGCAACCUGUCUUUUGCAGAUUUUUGCAUGGGUAUUUAUCUUCUGCUAAUAGCGUCGGUCGACUCCAAGACUAAAAGUCAGUACUAUAACCAUGCAAUUGACUGGCAGACAGGGAGUGGCUGCAGUGCAGCUGGUUUCUUCACGGUAUUUGCCAGUGAGCUUUCUGUGUAUACUCUGACUGUAAUAACCCUUGAGAGGUGGCACACGAUAACCUAUGCAAUGCAACUUGACCGCAAGCUCCGGUUAAGGCACGCAAUUCUCAUCAUGCUAGGAGGCUGGAUAUUUUCACUCUUAAUUGCGCUCCUGCCUCUUGUUGGUGUAAGCAAUUACAUUAAAGUCAGCAUAUGCCUGCCGAUGGACAUAGAGACGCCUCUUUCGCAGGCGUACAUAAUCAUCAUAUUGGUGCUCAACGUCAUAGCCUUCAUCAUCAUAUGUGCCUGUUAUAUCAAAAUCUACAUUGCCGUCCAAAACCCAGAGCUCACGCCGACCAACAAAGAUACCAAAAUAGCCAAGAAAAUGGCGGUGCUCAUCUUCACUGACUUCACGUGCAUGGCGCCUAUAUCGUUCUUUGCCAUUUCCGCAGCCUUUAAAGUUCCGCUUAUUACUGUGACCAAUUCCAAAAUACUGCUGGUCUUGUUCUACCCUGUUAAUUCCUGUGCCAAUCCGUUCCUAUAUGCAAUCUUUACCAAAGCAUUUCGAAGGGAUUUCUUUCUACUCAUGAGCAAGUUUGGCUGUUGCAAGACUCAAGCAGAACUUUACAGAGUCAACAAUUUCACUGCCUAUACCUCUAACUGCAAGACCGACAGCUUAUAUAACGGACCAAAAAAGACCUCCCGGGGCGACCUGCAUCUUACCACCUUGGACUGCCAUUACUUGAGCGUAAAUGACAAACCAGCAUAUCCAGACACUUAGGUCUUAAACUUAACCUGUGAUACUUAUUUAAACUGCACAAACUAUUUCCCGAAGGGGAAUCCCUCUGUAAAUAUGUAAAUUUAUUUAUGUAUAUACGAGGCUCCACUAGACUGUUGAUAUCUCAAUUGUUGUAAACCACGUAUUUUUGUAUUCUAAAGGAACAAACAAGUGCCGGUAGAAA